UAGGAGGCGCGCUGGCUGGAGAGUAAUGUUACAGAGCGGAGAGAGUGAGGAGGCUGCGUCUGGCUCCCGCUCUCACAGCCAUUGCAGUACAUUGAGCUCCAUAGAGACAGCGCCGGGGCAAGUGCGAGCCGGACGGGCACUGGGCGACUCUGUGCUCGCGGAGGAAAAAUAAUUAAUCAUGGGCAAAGGAGAUCCUAAGAAGCCCAGAGGCAAAAUGUCAUCAUAUGCAUUCUUUGUGCAAACUUGCCGGGAGGAGCACAAGAAGAAGCACCCAGAUGCUUCAGUCAACUUCUCAGAGUUUUCUAAGAAGUGCUCAGAGAGGUGGAAGACCAUGUCUGCUAAAGAGAAAGGAAAAUUUGAAGACAUGGCAAAAGCGGACAAGGCCCGCUACGAAAGAGAAAUGAAAACUUAUAUCCCCCCCAAAGGGGAAACAAAAAAGAAGUUCAAGGAUCCCAAUGCACCCAAGAGGCCUCCUUCGGCCUUUUUCUUGUUUUGUUCUGAGUAUCGCCCCAAAAUCAAAGGAGAGCACCCCGGCCUGUCCAUUGGUGACGUCGCGAAGAAGCUGGGAGAGAUGUGGAAUAACACGGCUGCAGACGACAAGCAGCCUUACGAAAAGAAGGCUGCCAAGCUGAAGGAGAAAUACGAAAAGGAUAUCGCCGCAUACCGAGCUAAAGGAAAGCCUGACGCUGCGAAAAAGGGCGUCGUCAAGGCCGAGAAGAGCAAGAAGAAGAAGGAGGAGGAGGAGGACGAGGAGGACGAAGAGGAGGAGGAGGAGGACGAGGACGAGGAGGAUGAGGACGAGGAUGAGGAGGAGGACGACGAAUGAGUCGCUGGCGCAGUUUUCUUGUCUAUAAAGCAUUUAACCCCCCUGUACACAACUCACUCCUUUUAAAGAAAAAAAAUUGAAAUGUAAGGCUGUGUAAGAUUUGUUUUUAAACUGUACAGUGUCUUUUUUUGUAUAGUUAACACACUACCGAAUGUGUCUUUAGGUAGCCCUGUCCUGGUGGUAUUUCAGUAGCCACUGACCUUGCCUGGUACAGUAUGGGGGUUGUAAAUUGGCAUGGAAACUUAAAGCAGGUUCUUGUUGGUGCACAGCACAAAUUAGUUAUAUAUGGGGAUGGUAGUUUUUCAUCUUCAGUUGUCUCUGAUGCAGCUUAUACGAAAUAAUUGUCGUUCUGUUAACUGAAUACCACUCUGUAAUUGCAAAAAAAAAAAUUGCAGCUGUUUUGUUGACAUUCUGAAUGCUUCUAAGUAAAUACAAUUUUUUUUAUUAGUAUUGUUGUCCUUUUCAUAGGUCUGGAAUUUUUCUUCUUGAGGGGAAGCUAGUCUUUUGCUUUUUCCCAUUUUGGAUCACAUGAUUUAUUACAGUGUUCAUCAUUUCAUGUAGUUAGUUGACUGAUAAAAAGCUUUUUGUCUACACACCCUGCAUACUCAUGAUGAGGGUAAUCAGAGUUCAAUUGGGACAGUUUUCAUCCAUAGCCGAAACUCGAAAAUCUCGAUCAGUUGAUAUCAAAUUUCACACAGCCCAGUUACAUUUACGAAGUGAAGAGUAACCAGUCUGCUCACAGCAUGGGAUUAUUAGAAUCAAACGUUUUGAAAGUCUGUCCUUGAAGGACUAAAUAGAAAAAUACGUUCUAGUCUUUGCAAUGAGGACUCCACGUUCUUUAACUCCCAUUACCAUGUAAUGGCAGUUAUAUUUGCAGUUCCCACGUGAAAGACCUGAGGAUGUAGCCCCAAAAGCGUGACCUUAAAAUACAAGACUGCCACGUUACGUUUUUUGUUGACGUUAGUCUAGGCAAAGGCUCUUUAAAAAAGUGCUGGCUGUAAAUGUCUUCUAUUUACCUAAAUUUGGGUUGCUUAGGAAACGAGACUCCAUUAAAGGUGUUUCUAAUUAAUUAGGCCAACUUUGAAGAUCGUGUGCAACAUUUAAAAUCAAGUAUAUUUUCCUAUUUUAUGGUUUGUUCCUUUAUAAAUCCAACACGCGAGAGAAGACAAUUUAAACUUUUGUGUCUCAGUAUGAAUUGUCCAAUUUAUUUGAACUUGAUUUUACUUUACAAAACUCAAACUCAUUCAUUAGGAUCAUAUGUUUAUCUGCUUAGCUGUUUAGGGAACAAUUUGGCAAUUUUGUGGUUUUUGAGAUGAUCGUUCUCUUAAAGUGCCAGUGUUUUAAAAUAGCGUUCUUGUAAUUUUACACGCUUUUGUGAUGGAGUGCUGUUUUGUUAUAUAAUUUUGACUUGGAUUCUUUCCAUUGCAUUUGUUUAUGUAAUUUCAGGAGGAAUAACUGAACAUCUGAGUCCUGGAUGAUACUAAUAAACUAAUAAUUGCAGAGGUUUUAAA